UUAUCAAGAAGACAGAAAAUACUUAUUAUUUUGAUUAUACUGCUAAGUUUACUGGCUGAGGACGAACAUGCUGGUAGAUUACCCCUUCGAGAAUCCUAUUAUACACCAUUCAUAUUCGAUAUUGAUAUGCUUAGCGAUACGUGCCUACGAGAGAAUAUACGAUUUGACCGGCAAGAAUUCUGUCAAAUUCUUCCUUAUUUUGAGCUUCAUACAAUUUCAUAUACUGGACGAAGAACGCCGUCGCCCUCUAUGGCUCUUGCAAUAUUGCUUGCACGCCUGUCUUACCCUCGACGAGUACGAGAUCUUGAGAUUUUUUUUGGGCGCUCAUUUGGCUAUAUAAGUACCAUUUUUAAUGACGUCUUACAACACCUUUAUCGUCGGUACAAAAGGCUAUUAGAGUGGCAUCCUUUACUUACUCAAGAACGCUGUAAAGCGUACGCCCAAAUCCUUGAAGCUCAGGGCGCUAUUCCUAGGGGCUGGGGUUGUAUUGAUGGGACUUUUAGGGCGACAUGUCGGCCAUCUAAAAAUCAACGUAUUGCCUAUUCAGGAUAUAAGAAACGCCAUGGCUUCAAAUAUCAAGGAAUCAUCACACCAGAUGGCAUGGUUCUCUCACUAAUUGGGCCCUUUGAGGCUACUUUUAUAUGGAGAUAUUGGAUAUCAGGGAUGUCCUUUUGUCCUAACACCAUUUCCGAAGAUUGGGGAAUUAUCUGCACGUCAAAUCGAGAUAAACGAUAG